AGCAUAGCUAUAUAGCUAGCUAGCUACUCUAUGAAACCUGGAUUUGAGUGAAUAUUUAUUACGUUUAUUUUAUGUAUAUCGCUAUUAUUUUAUAAACGUAUCGAGUGUUUUUUUAAAUUAGUGUUUUUGUGCCCUAAUGUAUCAAGUUAUUAAGUUUAAGGAUAACUUGUUUCGUUGCAUGAGAUAAAGAUUGUGUUAAAUCAAACAUUUUUUUUUUGGUAUGGCUAAGUAUAACUUCUACUUUACCAACGUACAGUAAGAUUACCUUAUUUACUUCGUAUACGCUGUGUUUAAAGCGCGUAGAAAUUAUGAACGAGAACACUUAGCAUAAUUAAAAUAAUUUGUGACCCUAGUUUAUUAACAACAUUAUAAGUAGCUGUGCUUUAAAACAAUGGAAAAUAAAUAGAAAGAAUCAUGGGAGGGUGCCGGUGCUCUUACCGGAAUUGCUCUUUGAGAACGGAUGGCAAGACUCAUAUGUUCCACUACCCUGUGUUUGACAAAGUGCGCUGUCAUCAGUGGCUAACUAAUGCACACAAAUUAGAAUUCCUCAACUUGAAAGUUUCACAGCUCAAGAACAGAGUUGUGUGUCAGCAUCAUUUCAAAGAUGAAAACUUUAUGAACUUUAAGAAAGACAAACUAACAUUUGAUGCAGUGCCUACUGAAGAUGGACCUUACUGUGAUUCUAGUCACUUAAAUAAAUCAAAAGCUGAACAAGAUGACACAAAAGUGUUCAGCAUAUCACUUGAUGAUAUUGAAAAUGAAUAUUUGACUAUUGUUGACAAAAAAGCAAAUUUUUCCGUAAAAUAUGGAGAUUUUCUAACAAAUUGUGAUUUAAUGGAGUUAGAUGCUUUAAAUUCAUUAGCAGAGAUAAAUGAUAACAACAAAAUUAAUGUUAAGGGUCUGUGUGAAUUGGAUACCCAUCCAAGUGUACCAAAAGAAGUUAGAAAAGUAAGACGGACUAGAAGGAAAGAUGUAGGAAAUUCAAGCAAGAGCAUUUUGAAUGAUAACAACAACAGAAAAAAUGCAAAAAUUCAGGAUAUCUCAGUAACAGACAAUAUUAAUCCAAGUAAAGGAAGUGAAACACGACAAACAGAUGAUGACCAAAAUUCUGUUUCUGUUAAUGUAUCAGUUGUGCCAGUUGAAUUUCAAAGAAAACAAUUAAGUGAACAAAAUCAGCAAAAUGUUUGUCAGCCAAUUGAAUUAAAUAUUUUUGAUGAACCAAAACAUGUUCACCAGAAUGAGGUAAAUAUUUUCCAACCAAUUGUAGAACCAGCUUAUGAUAAAACAAAUGAUCAGAAUCAGGCAAAUAUAUAUCAGCCAAUUGAAGAACAAAUAUUUGAUCAAACAAAUAACCAUAAUCCACUUCAUACACAGCCAAUUGGAGCUCAAGUUCUUGAUGAAAUGACAUCGAAUAACCAGGGCGAAAAUAUGCAUCAACCAACUGAAAUAAAAUUUGUUCAUCAAACAACUCCAAAUAGGAGUAAUAACAGUGAAAAUAAGAAAAUUAAGAUUUUAUCUGUGAAAAAAAUAGCACCAGGUGGUGUAAAGCUAGAACCAAUAUCUCCUACUAAAGUUUUACCCCUCCCUGUUAAGAAGAAGUCUUUGAUUACAAAACCAAACAAAGAAAUUGUGCCAGCACAAAAAAUACCAGACAUUGAAAUAGACAAGGCAGACACUGCAAAUAGCAAUGUGGCUGUAGAAGCACCAAAGAGUUAUUCUCUUUUGAAAUCUAAAAGUGGAGUAGUAGAUAAUAGUUCCAAUGUGAAUACACAAAGCACUCCAAUCAUUAAAAAUAUUAUCCCACCAGAAAGAGUGGCAGCAAUUGCAGAAAAAAGGAAAUUUAAUAUGAAGCUCAGAGAUAUAAUAGAAGAUUGUUUAGAUAAAUUGGAUGAUAAUGAUAAGUCAGGUUAUGACGUAAGUAAAGAAGCUCACAAUAAGAGAAAAAUAGACAGUAAAAAGGGGCAAGUUUGUAAUUAUCUUGCUAGAGAUCCACAACUUCCUACUUUUCAAGAAUAUACUAUAGCUUACUUAGAAGCCAGAAUGAAGAAGAUGGAAAAUAAUUUACUCAAUAAAAUAGAAGAAAAUUCACAAAAAAUUGGUGAAUUAAAACAAACGCAUGGGCCAUCAGUUAGUAAAAAAUCUGUUCAUACUCAAACAUCAGUCAAUGAAGAGGUUCACAAAAAACAGCUUUAUCAAGAACUAUCCAAGUAUUUGAGCAAAGAAGCAAAUAGUUUAAUAUAUGAAGAACUUUUUAUAAAUAAAUAUAUUAAGGAUGUGCCUAAAUCAACUGCAAAACGGCGUAAGUGCAGAUGAUGAAUGGUCUGCAAAUAAAAUUAUGCAGUUGAUAAUUAUAUGCUUUUUAUUAAUUUAUAAAUAUAAUUUUAAUUACAGAAUGUUUUACAAAUAAUAAAUACUUUGAAUUUUAAGAAA